GGCACAGCACAUUGCAAUGAAGCAUUGACGCACACAUGGCUACCACCACGGAUUAUAAGCGCUUUAAAGACAGUCAGCGGACACUUUGUCACCCUCGACGGAAGAAUACUUCCGUGCUUACGUAAAGAUGCGGUGAGAUUUUUUUUUGUUUCACCAUUAGUGUUACCUAUCAAAGCCGGCUGACUUUGUUAUGUUGACUUGGAUUUUUGAUUUUUUUUUUUGAUUUUUUUUUCACAUUUUGCAUCUUUUGACAUUUACUUCAAAUCGGAUUGUACUUGCGGCUGCAAAAGACACAAGCCGGACACGCGUGAGGAAGCUAGCCAUGCACUGACUGCAAAGUGAGAGACAGCCCUGGAUGGAGGAAUGGAAAGCAUCGGCAUGGAAACGGACUGGGAUGCUCUAGCCCUCUCCUCUCUGGUCGUGGCGGGAAGAAACAACCUCUCUGCUCCAUCUUUGCUUGAACUCAACUACCCCAAUGACUCCCACAGUGGAGGAUCCUUCUUUGGGAUCUUUCCAGACAAUGGCUCCAACACCACUCCUCACCCGCUACCCCAGCCCAGGGUGAGGGAUCAGGGCCUGGCCCAGGCGGAGAUCGCUGUGCUGGGAGUGGUGCUGGCUCUUACCACCCUGGGGAACAGCUUUGUGCUGUGGGUGCUGCUCAGGAGGAGGAAGCACAACGCGCCCAUGCACGUGUUCAUGGUCAACUUGUGUGUGGCUGACCUGGUGGUGGCCUUCUUUCAGGUUCUUCCUCAGCUCAUAUGGGACAUCACAGAUAAGUUUCAAGGACCUGACUUCCUGUGCCGUGCCAUCAAGUACUUGCAGAUUGUGGGCAUGUUUGCUUCCUCCUACAUGAUAGUUGCCAUGACAGUGGAUCGACACCAUGCCAUCUGCUGCCCGCUGCAGGCCUACCGUGGCGGGGCGGUGUCCCGCUGGAACACCCCUGUCAUGGUGGCUUGGGCCCUGGCGCUUGUCCUCAGCCUUCCACAGGUGUUCAUCUUCUCUCGCUCAGAAGUGAGUCCUGGGGAGUUUGAGUGCUGGGGUCACUAUGCCGAGACAUGGGGGCUUAAGGCCUACAUCACAUGGAUGACGGUGGCCGUCUUUCUUUUGCCUGCCCUCAUCAUCACCAUCUGUCAGAUAAGAAUCUUCCGGGAGAUCCACAACAACAUCUACCUGAAGUCUGAAAAGAUGGUGAUGGCUGAGCUCAAGAGGAAUGAAAUCCUCUUCCGCUUCCACAGCUUUAAGAAAGAAGAGGAGCGGGCCAGGGAAAGGGGUCAGCGGGCAUCUGGAGGUGGAGAAAGAUCAGGGCAGCACUUGAAGGCCGUGACCAACAAACCUCACAAUAACUCGUCUAAUGCAAGCCAAGCGGGAGACGCUUACGACUAUGACACUUCAUCAGCGACAUCACCUAUGGAUACCCACCUGCAACUGAACAGUACUGAUUGCCAGGAGGCAUCCUACGAGGUUGCCUCUGGAUCACCUCGCUGCUCCCUCGAUUACGCGCCCCCUCAUUCUGGUACGGCACCACCACCAAGCAUCACCAAAGCCAUGUCUAAAACUGUCCGAAUGACGCUUGUCAUCGUGUUGGUCUACACCGUCUGCUGGUCGCCUUUCUUCAUCGUGCAGCUGUGGGCUGCCUGGGACCCCAACCCUCCCGAUCAUGGCGUGACCUUCACUAUCCUGAUGCUGCUUGCCAGUCUGAACUCGUGCACCAACCCGUGGAUCUAUACGGCUUUCUCCAGCAGCGUUUCCAGAGAGCUACAGAACCUGCUGCAUUGUGGGUCGCGGCCUGGACGACGUGGCUCGCUGCCCGAUGACUCCACCACCACACACACCUCCACCAUUAAGGACAAUCUGUACUGACAGAUAAGAUUCAGGGGACAUACGUGUGCUCUUUGCAAGCGCGCAACUCCAGAGUACAAAGGUCGCCAGGUGCUCCCGACAACAUGUGACAGGCCGUCAACAGGAAGUACACCUGCAAUGGCGCUGUCCUUGCAAACACCGGAGGAGCGUGUCUCUAAGAGAGUCAGCUCAUAAUGGAAUACGCAGUGACAGUGUAAGCAAGGUGGCCUCUUGAUGGGUAAAUGGAUUUUCACCUCGGCUUUUGAGUGCCACGGUUAUUCCCAGAGGAACGACUUUCACAUCGAAAACAGCAGGAAUGUGAGGCAUUAAAGGCCUGUUGGCACUCCCGGUGCCAACAGCCAGAGACAAAACCAAGGGCGUAGGGAAAACCAGAGGGCGGAAAAGUGCAAGUAAGCAGACAGUAAAGACAGCAAGGUUGCUACUGCUGGACUGAGAACAGUGGUUGUCAUGGAUGUUCCAAGGGAUGGACAUCUAAUAAGGUGAACAAACUUGGUUAGAUCAAAGAAAGUGAACUAACAAUGGUUGAACUGAUAUUCACUCAGGACAAAUCUACUUUCUUAGACCAAUAGUUAACUGUGAGCGAGCUGGUCAGAGACUCAAUGAAGAAUGUGACCAGUGAAAAGACACUCGCGGGUUAGGCUUGCAAAGGAGGAACAUUGUUCUACGCAAAUGACAAUAAUGUUGGGUUUUUUUUUUACACACACAACAGCAUAUUAAGUGCACCUUCCUGUCCUUCAAGGCUCAAAGCCAUACUUGCCAAC